AAUUACAAAUUUACUGCUUAAAGUUCCUGUUUUGUCAGGUUUUGUGACCCUUUGGAAAUAACAUUAUCUCUGCUGAAGUUUAAGCAUCAUUUAUGAAAAUUUGUCUUAAUCUCCGUCUUGUUGUACGGACCUGGAGCGGCCCUCCUCGCUCUGCGCUGGGCGUCUCCUCCCAGUGGGACAGGUCUAUAUAAGAUCCUGCAGGUGGAGGUGAGCUUCAUCGCUGGAGAUCAUCAUCAUGGCCUCUGCAGUGCUGCUCCUUCUUCAGCUGCUGCUGCUCACCUCCCUGGUGUCGGCGUCUCAUCACUGGGGAGGAACCAUGAACUACGCCUACAAAGGACGAAACCCUGACGGAUCCUUUAAGAUUUCUCUCAGAGGCAAAGAUACUUAUGAUACCUGUGGAUACUACCACUACUGGAACUGUUAUACUGGCAACUGUGGGUCUGCAACCACCAGAAAGAUCAUUAACAUCGACUCCAGCACCAACACACCAUCCUACGUAUCCCGGUGGUGUGAAACAGAAAACAUUGAAACGUGGAGAGUCCCCAGUGACAAACCAUUUCUGCUCAGGGCAUCCAGCUGCUGCUGGAUCACGACACGUAACUCAGUGAGUAACUGGAGGUUGGAGUCCCUUGUGGAUUUGGGAACAAGAUCAGACACAAGACAACCAAACAGAUCUCCAGAUAUUGCUGUCCUUCCCUUCAUCAGAGUUCCUCAGAACUGCCCAAGAACGUACAAGCUGGCUGCCUUUGACCCUGAUGGUGACAGAGUCGUGUGCAGGUAUGGGAAUCUCCCUGGAAUAGAGUGCGACAGAUGCUCUCUUCCUUCAGGCUUCCAGCUUGACCAGGAUUCUUGCACUUUACACUACCAGUACACCAAUUCCGACUACAGAGUCUUUGGUUUUGAGAUGGUGGUAGAAGAUUACGCACGCGGCACUAUCGACUUGUUCUACUCUGAUGGAUCAAGUGUUCGCAAGUAUCCACUGCCUUCAAGGACGAAGAGACGAGCCUCCACAGCUACCACAGACAACCCCUGGUGGUGGUGGCAGACUACCACUGCUGCACCAACUACCACAGACAACCCCUGGUGGUGGUGGCAGACUACCACUGCUGCACCAACUACCACAGACAACCCCUGGUGGUGGUGGCAGACUACCACUGCUGCACCAACUACAACUGUAUCUCCAACAACAACCCCAUGGUGGUGGUGGCAGACUACCACUGCUGCACCAACUACAACUAUAUCUCCAACAACAACCCCAUGGUGGUGGUGGUGGCAGACUACCACAACCGCAGCUCCAGCGACCAGCCCUUGGUGGUGGAUAACCCCAGCGCCUCCUGGAUACCUCACCUCUGGUUCUCCCCUCAGCAAAUUACCACUGCAGUUUGCAUUUCUUGUGGAUCCUGCUGUUCCAUCCUGCCAGGAGGGACUCUACCUGCCUCAGCUUGUGGCUCCAACACCUGCAGAGGGAGAACGCAUCAUGGCAGAGGUCAACAAAGAGGUGGAGAUCAGAGUCAGAGCUCAGGCCACAUAUUCAGCCAUCCAAAGUCUUGUCGUUAGUGGACCAGCGAACAUCACCAAACACAAAGACACGAAUAACGAGUUUGUUUUGAGGUGGACACCCGUCCUGGAUGACCUGGGGGAACAUUACCCAAUCUGCUUUGCUGUGGAGUCAGUGAGCAGGUCCUCCGUCUAUCAGUCUCAGAUGAGGUGUGUCCUGGUGGAAAUCAGGAAGGAACAAAUUAAAGCCACAGUGACCUGCACCGAAUCCGCAAUGAAGGUUGAGGUUGACAAAGCUUCCUUCUUUGGACUCCAGGAGGAUCAUCUUCGCCUCAGUGACCCCAGCAACACUGUCUGCAGCCUCCGCAGGCACUCCAACCACACUCACAUCGUCGCCAUCAUUCCCCUCAACCAAUGUGGGACUCAGAUCGAGGAAGACGAUGACUACCUCAUUUUCAAGAAUGAGAUCACCACUAAGGAAGACGACCCGAACGAGCUGAUCACCAGGAAGCACCUGGUGGAGGCCCGGUUCUACUGCCAGUACCCCAAACGGGGGAAUGUGACGCUGAGCUUCUCAGCACACAGAAAGACCGUCACGGUGUGGGAGAAAGGCUUCGGCACGUUCACAUACCAGUUUGAGUUCUACCAGAAUGACCGGUUUGAAGCCAAGUAUGACCCAAACUCAUACCCACUGGAGUUUGACAUCGGAAACAGGAUCUACAUGCAGCUGGACGCCAGCUCCUCUGUCAACAACACCGAGAUGUUUGUGGAGUCCUGCAGAGCUGCACCGUAUGACAACCCCAACUACCAUCCAACCUACUCCAUCAUUGAGAACGGGUGUGGGGUUGACCCGACUGUGCGGACAUAUACACCUUCCAACGAUAGACAGUUCCAGUUCAGCGUGGAGGCCUUCAGAUUUAUCGGCCUGCAUGAUCAGGUGUACAUCAGCUGCACAGUCAUGAUGUGUGAAGCAGGAAACCCCAACACCAGGUGCUCACUGGGAUGCAGCAACUCCACAAGGUCCAGCAGCUUCAGCCGCAGAAAGAGAGAGGCUGUGGUCCAGAGCGGACAGCACUUCGUUUCCCAGGGUCCUUUGCGUCUGAAGCGUGAAGCGGACCCCAGAGGGGCCUCAGCUGUCAACCUGAACCUGAACCUGAUGUUUGUGGCUGGAUGUCUCCUUGCUGCUGUUGGGAUGGUCUGUGGCUUGAUCAUCUACAAAACCAAAACCUCCAGGGCCAAAUACCAACCUCUGCCUGCACAUGAAAACUGAAACCUGAACAUCUGCCAGGCUGCUUGGAUAAUCUGAACAUGGGAUUCUGGAUGUUUCUGAACUAUUAAUUAAAUCUUUUUAAUAUCUAA